UGUGCACUCUUUCAUGUUUCAUAUUUGUUGUUUUAUAGUGCUGAAAAAGUUUUGCGUUUUGUAGUAAAAUCAAAUUCUAUGCUAUCAAUAUGGUUUCCCUAGCAGUUGUGUUCUCGGUCAAUUUUUAUCUCAUCAGAUUUAAACGCGAAGAUAACUACGAGAAGUUGAGAGGUUGUUAUUGAGUUUUGCUUGAUUAUUGAAAAGUCUAUGCACAAGAAAAUAACUUAUUUCAACCCGUAGACCGAGUCCAACUUAGUUUGAGAAAAAUGGAAACUGCAGACUAUAGUUCUUUGCCGAAAAACAUUUUUUUGGAUGUUUAUGAGCCUGCUGAAGACACAUUCAUAAUGAUUGACGCUUUAGAAAAAGAUUUAGAUUUCAUAAAUAAACUAAGGCCAAGCAUUUGUCUCGAAGUUGGGAGUGGCUCAGGAGUCAUUUCUGCUACCAUAGCAAAGGCUUUGGGACCCAUCUGUUACUUAUGUACAGAUAUAAAUCCUGUUGCUGUUCAUGCCACCAAAAUCUUAACUCAGAGCAAUGAUGUUUCUGUCGAUGUGAUUCAAACUAACCUGGUUGAAGCUUUUGGCACUCGUCUGAAAAAUGCUGUAGAUGUGCUGAUAUUCAAUCCACCAUAUGUUCCUUCACCGUCUGAAGAGAUGAAUGUUGACAACUUGUCUCUUGCCACCUGUGGUGGCAGCAAAGGUCGGGAAGUGAUGGAUAGGUUUUUCCCAUAUGUUUCAAAACUAAUUUCUGAGAAUGGAGUCUUCUAUUUGACCUGCAUAUCACAGAACAAUAUUGAGGAUAUCCAGAAGCAUUCUUCUCUCCAUAAGUUACAAAUGUGCAUUGUGUUGGACAGGAAAUGUGGCAUGGAACACCUCUUUGUCCUUCGGUUCACUUCCACUUAAAUUUUAGUCAUCUCAUUUUUCUUAUUGUAC